AUGGCAGCUACAGGCCCGGAAUGGAGUGACUUCCAGGAACUCCGUGAAUCGGUACGACAUCUCACAGUCGAGCGGCUAAAGACAAUAUUCUCGCACCUGGACGAGGAGUUGGGGCGCAAGUUGAGCAAACAGGGAAACAAGGGCGCGUUGAUCGAUAGACUCCAGAAAUUUCUAGAUGAAAUACGCAACCAACGCUUGGAAGAAUCGUACUCGGUUACGAAGAACAUCAUACGUUCUGUGCGGAACUAUGGACAUUAUCAACCCACCAAUGGAUAUCGACCGGCUGCACCUACUGGAACAUAUCCCUCAAGUCAUACGACAUAUCACCCGUACCCCGGUCUCUCUUCCAGCAAUCUUCCAGCACGUCCAACUUACAACCCCUAUUCGAGCCACGGCGCCAGUACUAGCGCGCCUGCCACUAAUGGGACCAAUGGGGCCACCAAUGGAACUCAAGCCAAUUCACGUCAGAUUCGGUUCAAGCCCUCUCCGUUCUAUAGAAUAGACCAGCCCCUCAACCCCCUGGUCCUCUGUCAGGAAAACAAGGACGGAUCCGAGAGGCGUUCUCAGCACUUUACUUUUACUCUCACCCAAGAUCAGUCGGAGAAGUUGCAAACGAACAAAUACCAAGUGCGCUUAUACUGUACUUCUUCGACCCAUUAUGCUCCCAACUCCUUUACCAACUCACCCGUCCCCAUUGAAUUCCCUCCCACAUGCGAAAUCCGAGUUAAUAACAAAAACAUCAAUGCGAGUGUUAGGGGGCUAAAGAAAAAGCCUGGUACAGCCCCCCCUCCCAAUUUAACGCCAUUCAUGUCCACGACGAAGGGCACGUUGUCCAAAGUGGAGCUUAUCUACGUGAACAACGUGACGCCGUUUACUCCAAAGAAAUUUUAUAUGUUGGCACAAUUGGUCGAGACAACUACAGUCCAAGAGAUCGUUGCUAAACUAAAGGCGGGAAAACAACGUUCAAAGAAUGACGUUUUGGAAUCAAUGAGAAAGGCAGCACAAAUUGACGCGGAUAUUGAAGCUGGCCCUCAAAAGAUGUCUCUAAAAUGUCCAGCUAGUUAUAUCCGUAUCAACACACCAUGCAGGUCUUCGACAUGCGUGCAUCCGCAGUGUUUUGACGCCGAGAACUGGUUCUCAAUGAUGGAACAGACAACUACCUGGGCGUGUCCUGUAUGCGACAGAACUCUGAAUACAGAGGAACUUAUCAUCGAUAUGCAAGUUACAUUAAAGUAUUUCGAUGAUAUCCUCAAGUGUACUCCGGACAUAGUCGAGGAUGUCAUUGUUGAAGCUAACGGAGAAUGGCAUACCGAGGACGAUAAAUUUGGCUCGCCGGCAUGGGUGUCAACGGUUGCCUCAAGACCGCGUCCCGUUGAAAAGGAGAAGAAGGUUAAGGCUGAACCAGACACUAGGGCAUUCAUGGAUUCUAGUGCCGAGGUAGUUAAACCCAAGACUGAGGAGUACCUGGUUGUAGACUCGGACGAUGACGACGACGAUAUGCCACUUCCGAAGGCUCCGUCCAGAAGUAUCCCCCCGCCGAGGGCCACUUCAUCCCGACCGCAACCCCAAGUCCAGGCUGCAGUAAUUGAUUUGACACUAAGCUCUGACGACGAGGGCGAUGACCUUCCACCCCCUCCAGCUUCCACUGCCUCCUCCCCCGCUCAGUCAGCGCCGCCCGCUCAAAUAUCAGAAAAUACAGGCGGGUCUUUCAAACGCAAAGAAAGAUCUCCAGCAUCCCAGCCUCAAGAUGUAUCUUGGAAGCGCCAUCGAGUCGAACACCCUGCAAAUGGAUUUACAGGCGCUUCAAACGAUGAGCGCCGAUCUCAGGCGCAAGAGGCACCCAAUGUCAACCGUCCAGCUCCUACUUCUAAUCAAAAUGGGUAUGCGCCAUAUUCUCAUAGCUCACCCCCAGCGCCCGUAAGGACGUCCGAGUACAGUCCACCCUACGGGUACAACCAGCAGCUCCGACCCAUCCCUCACCCAUACGGACAUAGUUACAAUGGCGGCUACGUGAAUGGAAAUAAUAGGUACACUGGCUAUGCCCAGUCUGCCCCGUAUUCCGGCGAACCAUCACAUCUACCGUUCACAGCCAAUGGUCGUCCCCCCACACUCCCACGUCCUACCGGCCCGGGUGCCCAAAACAGCAAUAAUAACCGGGGUAAUGACAUGUGGUUUUAA